CCUAAGAAGCUGUAUUCUUAAAUGGGCCUUAAAAAUCUAAGUCCAAUCCUAUCAAGUCAUGGACCGGGUCGGGCUGACCCAUAUUGACGGGUCAAUCAGUAAGACAUAGCUUACCAGUCCUAAAACCCACAGCUGUUGCUGAAGUUGUGUACAUUGGCAACUCUGGUCUGGUCUUCAUACUAGGUUGUCACAAUUUGUCAGAAUUCAAAAUCAACUCCCACACUCAAUAGUCUUCAAGAUUUAUACGGAAAAAUGGCGAAACUGGGAGAGAUGCCUGAUUGGUCUUACCUUCAACAUGAACUGCUGGUUCUAAUAGUUAGACGUUUAAAUUUGAUUGAAGACUUUCUUAAUAUCGGCACUGUCUGCAAAUCCUGGCACUCUGUAGCCAUCAAGGAUAAUUUUAACAGUGAUCUGCCUAGGGCUCCAUGGCUGAUGAUAGAUGAUGAGGAAGAGGAAGAGGAUGGUACCACCUGUAAAAAAUUCUUCAGUCUUUAUAAUGGCAUGAUUUUGAUGAAGAGGAAUCCUAAAGCCAGUGGAAAACGGUGUAUGGAGUCUAUGGGAUGGCUUAUCGCAGUCGAUGGUGAAAUCAGUCUAUUACACCCCUUCUCUGGUGUUCAGAUUGAAUUGCCCCACCAAAAUACCACUGAAGAUUAUGAAACCAACAGAACUUCCAAUCCAUGGACCUUUAUCUGGAAAGCAGUUCUAUCUGCUAAUCCUUCUCAUACAACCGAUUAUGUUCUCAUGGUUAUUGAGGGAGACCUCCGGUUCCGUAGUUUUUGGAGACCUGGAGAUUUGCUAUGGACCAGGAUUAGGAAACAAAACUUUUCCACAUUUUUUAUUGAUGUGGUAUAUUUUGAUGGACGCUUUUAUGCGAUCAAUUCUAAUGGAAGUGUCCACGCUUGGGAUGUUACUGGACCUGAACGGCCCAAAACUCAUAUCAUUGCACAGCUACUGCAUACAUAUGUAAAACAAUACUAUAUCCUUCAUUCACUAGGAUCAUUAUUUGUAGUUGUGCAACGUAGUGGUUCAUUUAUGUUGCCCAAAGAUAAUUGGGACAGUGAGGAGGAGGAGACGUACGUCGUGUACGCAUUCGAGACAACUGAUUUUCUAGUUUUCCAGGUUGACUUAACUACCGGCAAAGUGACGCAAACCGAGAAUAUAGGGGACAGUGCUUUUUUUCUGGGUUUUAAUGCUUCUCUUUCGGUCCAAGCUUCUCAAUUUCCAGGUAUCAAGGCCAAUCAUAUUUAUUUUACAGAUAGUUAUUUGGAUAUGUAUCGCCAUGUUAUAGAAGGGUCCUUGGACAUGGGGGUGUUCAACUUAGCAGAUGGCAGUAUCCGACCACAUUAUGAGGGUUUUGCCCUCAGUCGUGUUUGUCCUCCAAUUUGGGUCACACCAACUCUGUGUUAAGUAAGUCAUUUUUCUUUAUUUACUCUGUUUGGUAUGCCAUAUGCUCUUUUUUUACCAUGUAUGUCAAUUUUUUUUUUUUUCAAAAAAUGUUUUAGUACUGUUCUGCUACGAUAUAUUAUUUUUAUUACUAUCCAUUGUCUCUUGUACUUUCAUUACUUCUUUUUCUAGACUUUUUUUGUCUUGAGCCCGGAGUCCAUCAGAAACAGCCUCUCGUAUCUCACCUCUGAGGUUGAGGUAAGGUCUGCGUACCCUCCCAGACCCCACUUUGUGGGACAAGUGGGGUCUACACUGGGUAAGUUGUUGUAUUGUAAGGGUGAGUACAAUUGAACCUCGUGGUCCGGCCCUUCCUCGAACCCUGUCCAGAGAGGGAGCUUAGUGCAUUGGGUUGCUUUUUUUUUUUCACAUGUCAUUUACCUUCAACCUUGAUUGAUAUGUCUUUCUUGCUUUCAUAUAAUUGGGCAAAAGUAUUUCUCUAUUAGUUGUUGGAAUGCAUUACGGCCUUGAAAUCUUCUUGCUGUUUCAGUAUUAUCAUUAUUCUCUAGCUUCUUACCGGAAACUGUUUACGGUCUAAUAAUAUUCUGCUGCAGUCUCCAUUGCGAUUGAUAUACCAACUGAAAAAACAGUAAUAGCCGAUGCAAAUUAUCUUCUAGCUGUCUGUAGAAAAGAAAGAGGGUGUAAGAUGCAUCUAUUACUCUGCUUCGAUAACAUGCUUCCUAGUUGUUUCUUGUAGGGCCUGAAGUUUGAGUAGGAAUUGAUCAAUUACAAGGUAAAACGAAUUUCAAACAGAAAGAACAAAUAUAUGCUUGAGAUGCUUGAACAGGCUGUCAUUCUUCUUGUACUCGUAUUGUUUUUAGCCUCUCUUGCUUGAAACAAUAGAAGCAACAAGGAAAUAUUUGAGAUUCUUCUUGUCACCCUUUGAAACUACUCGAUGCUUAUUCCUAGUGACCGAUGUUACAUCACUUCAGCUGGAGCUUAAAGUGUACAUCUUUAAAUCUCUUUCUUUUUUGACUAAGAGGACAUAAAAAAAGUUGAUGAGGCCGUUGUGCUUCCCAAAGAUGUUAUUGGAUACUCUUAAACACUUUCCUUUGGAACACUAUUGCUGUUUUUCUCACUGUUGCUCUUGAAAAAGCAUUUACGAGGAAACUGCUCUAUUAUUGUCGUUUAACUUUUGUUUGAAGUGAUGACAUCCAUAUUACCGUUUUAUCCUUAUUUUAGGUUCCUCCAAUUGUUCUGUUGUAUUAACCCUCUAUACAACGCCUUAUGACAUCUGUGAACCACUUGUUAAGUAACAGUAAUUAUAAGAGAAAGUGUAGUUAUUGUCAGCUAUAAGAAGAAUACGCGUCUCAGAGCUUUUUAAAGUUUAUUUGAUAAAUGUCAUUAGGAAAACAACACACUCGUCUACUGUGUUGAAUAACUCUUUCCACAGUUUGGUUAACUCUCUGCUGAAUUUGGCUGUUUGCAUGUGUCUUAUCAGUAGUUUUGCAUGUUUAAAACUUCCCUUGAACAUGAGAAGUUUAUAGACUGGAAUUUGUAGUAUAUAACUCUGAGUAAAUCUACGAGAUCUGAAAUGACGAUAUGAGAAGGUGACACGAGCUGGUAAACUAAACUCGACUGUCUGCCUGGUGAUGCAACGAUCUGUACGAAUAUUGGAUGAAGGAGAUGCAAAGAGUAGAAUCGAACUUUUCAUUGCUGCAUUGAAUAUUGUUUAGCUGGUAUCUGGACGAAUGAAGGGGAGCCUUGGAGUAAUUGGUAAAAUUGCUGCCAUGUGACUAGGAGGUCACGGGUUCAAGCCUUGGAAAUAACCUCUGGCAGAAAUGCAAGAUAAGGCUGCGUACAAUACAC